AUGACUCCACUGAGCUUCUGCUUCUGCGCCCCAAGUCGUCUCCUCACCGGACAAAUUUUGCUGGUGGUGAUCCAGGCCGAUCAUAUUGCGGAGUGGGUCCAGAACCCAGUUCGGUUGACUUCAGAGCCCUGCGUGCCGACCAAGCUCUGGUGGCACCUCUCUGAUCGUCCGCCCAAAUCCCCGCAAGCUCACACAUCCCAGGCAGGUGCAGGGGACUUUGGUUACCUGGGGUCCUCUGCUCCCUCUCAGAUGUUCUCCCCACCCCGGGAGUUGACGGAGAGUUUUCUUUCAUUCCAAGAUACGGAUACCUCUGCGCAGCCGCACCCAGAGUCAGAUCAGUUCACUGUUCCACAUCAGCAUCUGACCAACAAAAUGGCUCUACCGCAGAAGCUGCCAGAGAACAUUUUAAAGCUACAAGGGGAUCAAAAGCACUCUCCACAGUUCAAAAGUAUUUUCUGUCUGGACCAGGCUACAGAUAACCAGUUAUAUGAAAUACUUGUUCCACCACUAGACAGCGAGAAAUCGAAAAGGAACAGAAAAGAGCCUCCAGAGCCAUCUGGGCAGGUUGAGCCUCCUGAAUACCAGCUGGAGGCACAAUCUCAAGAUUCAGAGAACCUUGGUGCAGCUCAAGAAGGCUGGGAUCACCUCCCACCCCGUCUCAAACCUCCAGAUGUGGCACUCACAAUAACUUCUGAACCUUUUAAGGAGGUUGAACUGUCUCCAGCUCAGGAGGAGACUCCAACUCAGACUCCAGGUCCUCUUGUGCAAGCUGCACAUUAUCCUAGCCUGGAACAGCAUCCAGAUGAACUUUCUGAAUCUCCUGCAGAGAUUGAAUCAUCUGAAAGUGGCCUGGAAUCCCAAAUUCAGCUUCCAGAGGAAGCUGAGGAAGAGGAGGAGGAAGCUUCUCUAAUUCAGCAGGAUGUCCCAUCACAGCAUCCAGGCCCUCUUCUGGAGGAUGAGUCUUCUCCUAUAGAACUAGAGCAGCCAGCUCAACCUUCUGAGCCUCUUGAGGAGGUAGGAUCAGGUCCUGGAAGCCAGCCAGAAGUCUUAGUUACACCUACAGAACUCCCUGAAGAAGCCAUGCCUCCAGCUGAGCAAGCCCCUCCCCUUCAAGUUGUUGAGAACGUCGUUGAAACUCCAUCAAUUCACCAAGUGACAUUCCAGCCAACUCAGAGUGAAGAGCACCAUUAUCACUUGCCACAUGUUGUAUUUAGGCCUGUGGAUGUGGCACUUACCAUAACUUCAGAACCUACCAAGGAGAUGGAAUCUUCUCUGACACAGCAGGAGUCCCCAGUGCAUCCUCUAGAGUACCCUGGAGAGGAGGAACCUUUUUUCAGUGAGCAGGAACAGCCAGCUGAACCUUCUGAACUGGAAAUUCCAACUCAAUCCUCAGAACAUGCUCUAACCCAACAAGAACAAGCAACUCUGUCUUCAGAAUAUCAUGAAGUGACUGUUUCACCCUCAACUCACCAUCAGACUCACCAUUCAAGUUUAUCCUCUCUAAGUGUUCAACCUCCGGAUAUGCAGUUAACCAUAACACAAGAACCCACAACAGAGGUGGGACCUCCUCCAGUGCAUCAUGAGGCUAUAGUUAAACCAAAUACAGUCCCAGAAAAGGAUGUAGGCACUUCUACAACCCAGUAUACCAAUCCAGCUGUAACUCCAGAGCCUUCUGAAGGGAUCGAACCCUUAUCAAAUCAACAGGAGUCUCCAGUUCAAUCUCCAGAACCUGUUCAGUAUGAAAACCCUUCUCUAAACCAGCACGGUGGCACAGAUGAGAAUCCAGAGCUCCCAGAGGAGCUUGAACCUUCUUCAGCCCAGCAGGAGACCCCAGUGCAGACUCAAGAGCUCCCUCAUGAAACAGUAGUUCAACCUCCAGCACACCAGGAGGCAGCAGGUUCUGACCUGGUUCCUAGUCAAGUUCAUCUUCCAGCACCACACAGUGUCCCAGCUAAGCCUCCAGAGUUGAUUAAUGGGGUUGGAACUUCAAGCCAACAAGGGUCUGAACCUUCGAAAGACCAGCAAGAAGAUCAGGAGGAGGACCUAAUUCAGCCUAUAGGUCCCACUGAACAAGUUGAAUUUUUACAAAUCCAAACUGAGUCCCCUUCCCAUACACCAGAAUAUCCUGAAACUGAAUUUUCUCGGCAAGGAGCCAUAGCUCCGAAAGCAGACCGCCACAAAGGGGUAUAUUCUUUUCCAACUCAGCAGGAAGGCCCAUAUCUACCUCCAGAUUCUACUAUGGGUGCAGAACCUUCUCCAGCUCAGCAUAUGACCCGCUCUCAACCUGCAGACCUCUCUGAGAAUGUGGAACCAUCUCCAGUGCUACAGCCCACCAAUACACAGGUUUCAGAACCCCCUAAGGAGACAGAGCUUUCUGCAGCCCAGCAAGUAGUCCCACACCAGCUUCCAGAGUUAAUGAACAAUAUUGUAACGUACCCUCCAGCAUAUCAGAUGACAGUCUCAGCACCAGGUCAGAUUCAAGCUGAGUAUUCAGCAUCACCCGUUAUCUCAUUUCGGCCUUUGGACCUGGAACUCACCAUAACUUCACAAUAUACUCCAGAAGCAGACCACACUACAGUACCAAAGAAGAGUACACCUCCACCAACACAUCCUCAGGUGACAUUUCCACAUCAGACUCAGCAACCUUUGGAUAUGGAACUUACCAUAACUCAUCAAUCGACUCCUGAGGAACUUCCUCAAAUUCUGCCAGACACCACAAUUCAGAUUUCACAACCACCUAGAGAGGUUGUAGUUCCAGUCCCAAUAUAUCAGGAGGUAACAGUUCCAACACCACGUCAGGAUCAAGUUGAGUAUCCAACAGCACCUGUUGUCUCCUUUCAGCCUUUGGACCUGGAACUCACCAUAACUCAUCAACCUUCUGCUCAAGAAACUACAGUUUCUCCUCCACAGUACCAUAAAAUGACACUUCCAGAACAAGAUACUUCCAAAGCUGUGGUUACAGUUAAGUCUUUGGAUCUGGAACUUACAACUCCAACUUCCCAUCUGGAUGUUGAACCUUCUUCAAGCACACAGGAAAUCCUUCCUGAGCAUGAGCAGCCACAUGAAGAAGUUGCAGCUCAAGCACCAGUGUUUUAUGAAAUCCCAGCAAUUCAGGAUCACACUCAGCAGCCGACUCUUUCUGAUGUCACUGCUCAACAUACAGAAGUAGACCAUACCCUGUCUGCAAUAUCCACUGUAGAGACUGGACUUAUUGUAGCCCCGUAUAAUAUUACAGCUUCUCCUCCAAAACACCAAGAGAUCACCCUUGUACCUGAAGACCAGGUUCAGGAUCAGCAUGUAAACCCAACUCAAGCCACAGUUCAUCCUUCACACCCAGAGUUUUCCAUAACUCCACAACCUGCUACAGUGGUUAAACGUUCGGCACCAGUUCAGCCUACAGAGUCAUCUAAGGAAAUGGUAGCUCAAUCUUCAGUGCAUUUUGCAGUGACAGCUCUAGUUCAUGAUCAAUCUCAGUAUCCAAGCUCAGAGGCUCCCCAAAAGGCUACAGGUCCUACAGUCCCAACAACUACAUCCUCUCCUGCAGCACACAGUGACGUCACACUUUCACCUCCAAACCAGGUUCAGACUCAGCAGCCAAAUCCUACUCAGGUCACAACCCAGUCUUCACACACAGAAUCUUCCACAGCUCCACAACCUGCUACAGUGGUGAGCCAUUCUCCACCUGUUACUGAGAUCCCAUCUCAGCAUCCAAAUGCAGACACCAUAGAGCCUGAAGUCCCAACAGCUACAGCUUCUUCAUCAUAUCCUAAGAUGAUACUUCCAUCUCCAGAACAGUUUCAGACUCAGCAAAUCCCAAGUGAAGUCACACUCCAACCCAUGGAUGUGGAGUAUACCAUAACUCCAUAUGCUGCAAUUUUUAACACAGAAAGAAAGCUAAUUAUUAAAAUGAAACAAAAUGCCUCCAUAAGCACCAACCUAUGUGACUUCUGCCUGUGUGAAAAUGGCACACUAUUGUGUGUUCAUCUCAGCCCAAUGCGGAGACUCCACCAAGUGCCUGUGCCAAGGCCCAGCACCUACAGAGGCACUUUAACUAUUUUGAAUUUCCAAGGAAAUUCUAUUUCUUACAUUGACAAAAAUGUAUGGAAGGCAUACCGUUGGACUGAGAAACUAAUUCUCAGUGAAAACCUCCUGACUGAAUUACAUAAGGGCUCAUUUGAAGGCCUGCUAUCCCUCCAGUAUUUGGAUCUAAAUUGAUCCUGCAAUAAAAUACACUAUAUUGAAAGAAGGACAUUUGAGUAGUUACCUUUUUUGAAGUAUAUGAACCUUGGGUGCAAUUUACUCACUGAACUGAGCUAUGGAACAUUUCAAGCAUGGCAUGGAAUGCAGUUUUUACAGAAGCUAAUCCUCAGCCAGAACCCUCUGACAGUUGUUGAAGAUCCCUACCUUUAUAAGUUGCCAGCAUUAAAAUAUUUAGACCUGGGGAAAACACAUGUGCCGCUAGCAGCGCUUGAGAACAUCCUCAUGAUGAGCCUGGAGCUGGAGCAUCUAAUCUUACCUAGACAUAUGGCCUGCUGCCUCGGCAAAUAUAAAACUGAUAUUGAGGUUGUCUGCAAGACAGUCAAACUGCAUUGCCAUACUGGAUGUCUGACAAACACCACACAUUGUCCAUCUAUAGGGAACCCCGAAGGAGCAUUCAUGAAGGUGUUGCAGGCCCGGAAGGAGAACACCAGCACUGAGGUCACUAUUGAACCAGAGACGGGCUAUCCAGAAAAAGAUGAUCUUAGCUCUUCAGGCUUCAUGGACGAGCAGCUCGACUUUAACGAUGAAAGUGAUGUGAUUAGUGCCCCGAAUUACAUGCUGCCAUAUUUCUCAGAGGGAAAUCUGGAAGAUGUAGUGCCGACAUUGUUACCAUUCAUAAAACUGCUGUUUUCUAAUGUACAAAAUGCAGAUGGUUCACUGGAAUCCUACCAAAAUGAUUCAAGGAGGCUUGCUCUUAACCCUGUACCAAAAGCAAGUAAGAUGGCUUACAAAAAUAAACUGAAUAAACUUUAUUUUCUAGAGAAUUUGUUAGAUGCAGAGAUUGGUGAGGUUAGAAAGAAAGAGAAAACUGCCAUCCUUAUGCAGCAGUCUGGCCACUUGAGUCCCAAAUUUAAACGACUAAUAUUUGGAAAGAGAUGGGCACCUGCCCAGGCAGAGGAAAACAGUCUCGCAGAGAUUGAGAAGGCAGAGAAAAGACUCCACAGCCUGAACAGAGUGCUCAAGGGGACAGGAAGCAGACAGAAAAGGUGCUUCAGGGAAGUGAGUGACAAGAGCCUGUGGAAUAAGCAGAGUGUCCAGACACCUGUGGAGAGUAUCGCCAAAGACUGGCAGCUCAGGACCCCACCCACAGCGGAGUUGCAGCAGCUCAGUCUGGUUCAGAAGCCCAGGACGUUAGUGGGAAAUUCCUUCCACCCAGAGCCCUUGCUCCCAAAGGAACAUGGGGAGGCAGUGUCUUCUUCCCCAGAACAGUCGCUGGUGGACAAGACUCCCACUACAAAAUCGCUGCCUGAGUUCAUAGACAGACGAAAAGACUUGUCUUGCACCAUUUUCAUUUUAGAAAGUGCAAACGCCAAUGUGAAAAGAACAAAGGGGUCUAGCCCUAGUUUACUGUCUGAAAAGAGACACAGAAACCUUAGGAAGAAAAACUACCAUUUCCGGUUGAUUGCAAAGAGUCCAGCAUCCUCUGCAGUGAGGAGCCUGGUAAAUUCCCCUGCAGGAGGGGUCUUUUCAUCUUUAGGAGACCUGAGUUAUGCAGAAAAGCCUUUUGCACAAUUAGAUGCUGCCUCAGAACCUCCUACAGAAAAACUUCUUGAAGAAAAUCAGGCAGCAAUAGAUGAUACUGAAGAAAACAUCCUCAAACCAGCCCUCACUGGGCCUAAAGAAGCUGCAUUAGAAAAUAUUCCCCCUGAGAAUCCUACUGUAGAGUCUAAUGGGCCUACAUCUGAUUUAAUUACAACUGCUCAGCAAACAAGCGAGCCACGGUUAGACUUUAUCUUGGGGUCUGACUCUCAUGACCAUUUCAAAGAAUUUGCUUACCCAUUACUGAUGUCACCAGGUGAACGCUUUGAAUCUCAGCUAAACCAGCAGUUGCGGCCCCGCAUCCCCAACAACAACAUGAGAAAGCUUAUUUCUCACGUUAUCAGGACUUUGAAGAUGGAUUGCUCUGAUCCCCGUGUACAACUGUUCUGUGCCAAACUCAUCUUCAGAACCGGCCUCCUGAUGAAGCGUCUCAGUGAGCAACAAGAAUUCAAGUUGUCCAGGGCCGAAUGGGAUAUGGACCAGUGGAAAACUGACAACAUCGUCAAUGAGAGCACAGAAACCCAAGGCGAACAGAAGGGUCUGGAACAAAGUCAGGCGGCCCGGACGCUCCGAGUGGCUCAGCCUCUCUGCGCUGCCCAAAACCCGGGUCCGGAGCCACAGGACCGCUCGCCUGCACCGACACCCUCGCCGGGCAAAGACAGGCCUCAUGAUUGGCUUCGCGGGUCGGAGGCGGGGCCGGAGAAGCGAACCAACGUGAUGGCGUCAGACGCCGCGCGCCGCUUCCUGUUGUCAGUGCCUCUGGAGCCGCAGCUUAAGCUGCUAGCUGCGGGGUCGCCGACCCGGGAGCGCCGCCUGCUGCUCCUGUUCCCUAUGCCAGCGGCCACCCUGUCCCUCCCCUCGGUCUCCACCUCAGCCGACCUCAGCCCCGAGCCGGGUGGGACCCCUUACCACCGGUCUUGCGUCUCCACGGAUGGCUCUUCCGACAUUCAUAUUAAGUCAUUUGUGCCUGCUAUUGUAAUGGAAGGGAAGGCGGAGAUGGGCGUGGUCCCAUCCUUGUGGACCACCCUGUUUCUCUGCUCCAGGCCUACACUCCUCUCUGUCCUGAAGUCCUUCCUGCCAGACUGCCCAGAAUGUUCCUUGGGGCUGCAGCUGGAGUACCCCCAGUCCCACUCGAGGUCUGGCUGA